AUGCUGACGACCUUCUCGACGACACUCACGCGCUCUUUGAUGCACAAGAAGACUAUUCAUUUGCCUUCGAAUCCUGUUGGCAGCCUACAAAGCCGUGGUAAUGGUGUGACUAUGGAGGAAAUGAACCGCCCCGAAGAAAUGAAGAAGUCGAAACUUGCUUUGGCUGCUAAUACGGAAGAAUCAAGUCUCCUAAAAUGA